AGUUAGUAGCGUCUGCAAGCACUUGUCCAAACUCCGAACGUGUCUGUUAAAACGUGUUUCCAUUUGUUUCUUCACAAUAUAUCGUUACAUCGGUAUCUUCAUCUGUAGGAAUGUCUAAAAGGCGCAUUGAAGUAGAUGACAAGCUCAGUAAAAAAUCUCGAGCAUCCGGCGAAAGGAAUAAGGAUAGUGACGUUGAUAAGGAAAAGAAUGUUAUGGAAACAAAACCCAACAUUUCUUUGGCAACAAAUGUACCAGCACCUAAGCCUGGACUAACAUUAAACCCACUUACAGGGCUACCCUACACACAGAAGUACUAUGACAUUUAUCGAAAACGUAUUGGCCUCCCUGUGUGGGAAUAUCGAGACAAGUUUUUUGAGUUAUUGGAAAACAAUCAAACUAUUGUUUUAGUUGGUGAAACAGGAUCAGGAAAAACUACUCAAAUUCCUCAAUGGUCUGCUGAGUUCACUCGGAAGUUAGGGGUAAAGAAAGGAGUUGCUUGUACUCAACCACGCCGAGUUGCCGCAAUGUCGGUGGCUCAACGCGUUGCCGACGAAAUGGACGUUGUUUUGGGGCAAGAAGUUGGUUACAGCAUCCGUUUCGAAGAUUGCUCCUCUCCUAAAACUAUCCUUAAGUACAUGACAGACGGUAUGUUGUUGCGAGAAGCAAUGUCAGAUCCACUCUUAGAUGGGUAUCAGAUCGUUUUAUUGGACGAAGCUCACGAACGUACACUUGCAACCGAUAUCCUAAUGGGUGUUUUGAAGGAAGUCAUUAAACAGCGAAAAGAUCUUAAACUAGUUAUCAUGUCAGCUACCCUUGACGCGGGAAAGUUUCAAUCUUAUUUUGACAACGCACCCCUGAUGAAUGUGCCUGGUCGAACACAUCCGGUAGAAAUCUUUUACACUCCUGAACCGGAACGUGAUUAUCUCGAAGCAGCCAUUCGCACAGUAAUGCAGAUUCACAUGUGCGAAGAUAUCGUUGGUGAUAUUCUUCUCUUUCUCACGGGCCAAGAGGAAAUCGAUGAAGCGUGCAAACGACUGAAACGCGAAACUGACAACCUCGGCCCUGAGGUAGGAGAGAUGAAAUGUAUCCCGUUGUAUUCCACCUUGCCACCAAAUUUGCAACAAAGGAUUUUCGAAUCAGCUCCGCCAGUCAGGCCUAACGGAGCUAUUGGCCGUAAGGUGGUGAUCAGCACAAACAUCGCUGAAACAUCGCUUACCAUCGACGGUGUGGUUUUCGUUAUUGAUCCUGGUUUUGCUAAACAAAAGGUUUACAAUCCACGUAUUCGUGUCGAAUCCCUACUCGUUUCUCCAAUCAGUAAAGCAUCGGCGCAGCAGCGUGCUGGUCGUGCCGGACGUACCCGGCCAGGCAAGUGUUUCCGUCUGUACACGGAGAAGGCAUACAAACAAGAGAUGCAGGACAACACUUACCCUGAAAUUCUUCGUUCGAACUUGGGAUCAGUUGUUAUCAAUCUGAAAAAACUUGGCAUUGACGAUCUUGUCCACUUUGAUUUCAUGGACCCACCAGCCCCUGAGACUUUGAUGAGAGCGUUAGAGUUACUGAAUUAUCUUGGAGCUUUGGAUGAUGAUGGUAAUAUGACGGAACUCGGAGCUAUCAUGGCUGAAUUUCCUUUAGAUCCCCAACUUGCCAAAAUGUUGAUCGCCUCAACAGAAUUCAACUGUUCGAACGAAAUCCUUUCCAUCACGGCAAUGCUUUCCGUCCCUCAAGUUUUCAUGCGCCCCCUGGAAGCCAAGAAAGCUGCGGAUGAAGCUAAGAUGCGCUUUGCACACAUUGACGGUGAUCAUUUAACUAUGUUGAACGUCUAUCAUGCAUUUAAACAGAACAUGGAAGAUCCACAGUGGUGCUAUGACAAUUUUGUUAACUACCGCUCAAUGAAAUCUGCUGACAAUGUACGACAGCAACUCUCCCGCAUAAUGGAUCGUUUCAAUUUGAAGCGUACCUCCACAGAAUUUACCUCGAAAGACUACUAUGUCAAUAUCCGUAAAGCGCUCAUUAGCGGCUUCUUCAUGCAGGUUGCCCAUCUGGAACGGACAGGGCACUACCAGACUAUAAAAGAUAACCAAGUUGUACAGCUACACCCUUCUACAUGUUUAGACCACAAACCGGAGUGGGUUAUUUACAAUGAAUUUGUUUUGACCACUAAAAAUUAUAUACGAACUUGCACCGAUGUCAAACCGGAAUGGCUGAUCAAGGUUGCCCCAUCUUAUUACGAUAUGAGUAACUUUCCGGAAGGUCCGGCAAAAAGACAACUUGAACAGAUUAUCAACCGCCUCGAGAGUCGGGAAUAUCGCAAUUGAAAGGUUAACAAAACUAUCUGUAAAAUCGACUGGCCAUCAGUUUCCAUUCACUGAAUAGGGGAAGACAUUCCGGCUUCUUUCACCAAAAUCAGUGACCGCUUAUUCUAAUAUUAAUUUUGAAAACAAGCAGUCGAGUAAAACACUUGUAAUCGUGAAUGAAACAUGCCCAUGUUGCAUUGAUGUAAAACACUGAAAUGACAAUAUAUGUGGUAUCAUUUCCUCCAGUUGAA